AUGCAGAAGGAAGUGUUUCUCCUAUUUCUAGCCCCCCCUGAACGUCGUCUUCGCAGAUGGCGUGCCCACCCCCCGCUCUCUUACCUGGAGCGUUUGAACCGAAUCCAGCAAACGCGGAUGUUUAUCAUCGGUCAUGAGGUAGGUGGCACCGAGGAAGUCCCAGAAGUAUCUUUCGACGUUGUUGGGUCAACCGGGAAUCUUUACAAGACGACCAUCAAACGGGACCCGUAUUGCGACUGCCCUGACGGUGCGAAAGGAAAUCAGUGCAAGCACAUCUGCUACGUCCUCGUUCACGCACUCAAAGCACCUUUGCAUCUCCAGUAUCAACUGGCAUUUCUCUCGUCGGAGCUAUGUGAGAUUAUGGGAGGCUCCUCUCUAAGCCUCACGCGUCCCGCCCCUUCAGUCGAAGAAAACGACGGAAAUCGCAAACCCAUUGAUGGAGAUUGCCCGAUUUGUUUCCAAGAGAUGAUCGAAGCCAUAGAGAAGAUCGUUUGGUGCAAAUCGGCAUGUGGUAAUAACUUACACAAGCAGUGUUUCGACCAGUGGGCCGCUGCGUCGCGGACAUCUUCUGGGGCUGGCAUUCGCUGCGUGUACUGUCGCGCGCCCUGGAAGAACGACACUGCCAAUAUGGACGCACAGUCGCUUCGUAAAAACACUGCCAAUAUUGGACCGGAAGGCUACUUCAAUCUGGCAUCCGAAUUCGAUCUGAGUCCUAAACGUGGUACGGGACCUUCCCUGUAG